CACGUCGCCGAGCGGCGUGCGCCGCGCCGCCGCCUCGGCGGCGAGCCGCGCCGCGCGCUCCUUCCGCAGCUCGGCCUCGAGCUUCUCCUUGGCCUGCGCGGAGAACCGUCGGCGUGAACGCGUCGCGUCGAUGGCGUGAAGGUCGACGCGCCGCUACCGUUCCAGGCUGAAGAGUUCGGACUCGGAAGCACACGAUCAUAAUGUGCACGCGCGUCGUCUCCGCGGCGACCGUCAGACACCGACUCAGAACCCGCAUGAAGCCCCGCAGCUUCAUCUCCUCGGACAUUUCGGGCGUCCAGGCGAUCUUGAUGAACUCCGUCCCGAACUGGGCCCACUCCUCCUUCGACAUCUUCUCCAACAAGAGGGCGAUGAUGGCGUCGAAGCGGGGGUCGCCGCAGCCCCAGUAGUCGGGGCUCACGCCGCCGGGGUUGCCGAAGGGCACCUGGCCGUCGUCCUUGUUGUAGUCCUCUGGAUCAUAGAAGUCCGUAUCCGUGCCUGCGGGGACGUCGACCAGUGGACGAGGGCCACGCCGUCGAGCGGACGUCGCGUCGAUGGCGUGGAGGUCGACGCUAUGCUUCAAAGACCGUAAUUCUAGGACGCCGUAUGAGUACGCUCGCGCGUCGACCUCCACAAUUCGCCGCGCCCCCGGGCCUCGUCGGCCAUCGCUGCGGCCCGCUCCCUCGAGAGGCGGUCCCAGAAAUGACUUCCAGAGCCGCCGGUGCGCUCGAGGAACUUGCUCCUGGGGAGCUUCAACUCGAACGACGCCGGGUCCACGAGCGCCGUGCGCCACGCGGCCUCCUUCUCCGCCCGGCCGAGGUCCGGGAGCUCGAGGUCUAACGCGCCCUCCUCCCGUAACUUGGCGCGCUUCUCUUCCUUGGCGCCGGCCUCGUCCGGCUGCGCGGCGCGCGCGAGCCGGUCCCGGACGUACUGUUGCACGGCCCUCCGGCUCGUGCCGCGGCCGCCGUCGUCCGGACCGAGGCCCUUCAAAUCUUCUUGCGAGAGGCUCGCGAGCCGCUCAUCGUCGACGUUCGUCGCGUCGAUGCUCGCCAAGAAGCCCUCGUCCUCGCGGGACAGCAGCUCCGUCGCCUUGCCGUGCUCCGCCAGGAGCGCCUCGCGUUGGGCCGUGAUGCUUCGUUCGACUUUGGCUUUUUGUUCCGCACUCAGCAUGCCCGGCGGCCGCGUCGAGGCGCGCUUUUGGCCGCGAGACAUGGCGUCGACGGACGCGCGCGUGACCGCUGAAGUGUUUUUGUGAGCGGCGGCGGCGUCGAGCGGCUGCGUCUCGACACCUGCGGCACAACACGACGUGUCGUCCGCAGCGCAGCAGCAGUGGUUCAGCGUCCUACUGUCAGCGGGAGCUUGGCGCGCAGCGACCGCGUGCGCCCGCGCUAGAGCACUGGCACACAAGGGCCAAAUGUGCUGUAAAAUGCGGCUACAGGUCCCUUCGGCCCGUACUGCUCGCUCACGAUUUCGCCAGGUAUCCGAACAGAUGUAUCGUUGCCUCACCAGACGCAGCUGCGAUCUGUGUGGCUUGCGCACUGUGUUCUUGUUGACAGGGAAUGGUUCAGGUCUUUUGUGUCGGGUUUUUCGAGUUUUCGAGCAAGACGAGCGAAAUUCGGCGAGAACGGCAUUUACGGAAACGACAUCACAAUAAAACACAGCAACCGCGGCUUGGCUGUCAGAGUCAAGCCGCGGCGGCGCGCUAUCGAUGUGCGCGCCGACAAGCCGCGUCCAUCUUCUGCGCCCGGCGUAAGCCCGCGACGUCGUGGCCCACCGCGCGCGGCCGCUGCGCUGUCUAUCGUGACCCCAGCGCGCGGCUCUGCCGCUGCUCCAGCGGGAGCCCAUGGGGCAGCAUCUGAAGAGACAGCACGCCAGGACUAGGAGCGCCCGCGCUCGCGGCGCCGUGGCGAUGGCGUCGAGGCGUUGCCGCACUGCCAUUGCGUCCACGCCACGCCGGCUGCGCGCAGGCGCUGCGUGUUGCCGCAGCAACGAUUC